AUGUUGGUUCCGUGCAGCACCAAUAGUCCUCCGGCGAAACUUUAUGUCCGUGUCAUAUCAGCGCGAGGGUUGCCUGUCAUGGAUAAAUCCAGUGUCACUACGGAUGCUUUCGUUGAGGUCCAUUUCGAUAAUGAGGUUUACAAAACCGACGUCUGUGGUAAAAGUUUAUCACCAGUGUGGAAUUCUGAUGUGUUUGUUUUUGAAACGGAUGAGCAACGGUUAUUUGAUAAUCCGAUCCAGUUUCGUGUAAUGGAUCAUGACACAUACAGUGCAAAUGAUGCUAUCGGACGUGUAUUCUACGAUUCCAGUUUGUUGGUUUCUAAAAUACGGUGCAGCAAAACUGAUGAUAAUAGCAUGGAAUUCACAAAUUGGCUGCCAAUUUAUGAUUCGGUUUACGGAAUAAGGGGCGAAAUUCAAAUAUCUAUCUCGCUUAAGUUGCUGUUGUCAAGUGAUCACGGAUAUGUACGCAUACUUUCAGCGAGCACCAUAUCAGCAUUAUUAAUCAACGAUAUUAUUGGACUGGUUUCCGAUAUUGCUACAGUGACGGAUCCAGAGUACGAAUGGAUCGACCGAAUCCGAUCUCCACGUGCUUCUAAUGAGGCCCGACAAAGCAUAAUUCGGAAAUCGCUGCGCGAAUUAGCUAGAAAUAUUGCGCAGAAAGCGCAUUCUCUCGGGUCGAAUGCAGUACUUGGGUAUCAUGAAUUUGUUGAUAUCGAAGGUGUUGCCACCGGACUGAUUACCUUUCGAGCAUUCGGAACAGCAGUUAGACUAUCGCAGACGGAUGGGGAAGUUGCAAAUGGUGAAAGUAUAAAGCAUCAUAUAUUGUCAUUGAAGGUUUUACCGCAUAUGUACAGUUAUAAAUGUGGUGUUUUCGUGUGCGCUCGUUCCGCUCAGGUGCUGACAGAUGACAGCGAUACUGCUACGAUCAGAAAAAAAUGGUGGAACGAUUUAAAAAUCGAACUUACUCGUCAAACAUUAAGUUUGCACUGCAAUUUAAUUGUUGGGUACACUGAGCAAAUUAGCAUAUAUAAGAAAAUGGCGCUGUUGAGCUGUACAGGGACUGCAAUAUCUGUGGUUUUAACAGGUGCUGAACAUAUUCCAUAUUGUACUAGAUUCCAUACUGCAUGUUUUAAUGAUGAAACACCAACCAAUCGAAGCAUUAAUUUGUGUUCCUGCUGCAAAUUACCUGAUGCAGUUUGCCCUGACAUCAUCCUUAGCAGUUGUUCAUUACCAGCAUCAGACUAUCUGCACGGCACCAUUCGGCCAUUGCAAAUUUAUUUUAAACGUGAAGUAAAUUUCUCAGAAAGCGACGAUCAAUUGGCUUCUACUAUUAGCCAUUCACUACCAUUUUUGGAACAUGAACUUCACAAUAAAUUGAUGGAAGAAAUACGAAGCGGAAAUACAAAAUGCAAUGCAGUUUUCGACUUAAAAUCCGUUUUGGUUAUCCAGGAAGGUGCUUUAUUUGCUGUUAUUACGGGUGCGUUAUGUACACUCAAGGCACUACUGAAAACCAAUGGGUUCCACAUAUUAAGUCACUCCGAUUCUGUUCAUCAGAGUGAUGACCUUCGAUUAGCGCCACGAGUGGGAUUGUUAGAAGCGGCUCGUAUUUUGCGUGCACCCAGAUUUUUCGAUAAAGCUGGAUUAUACUUACAACCAUUACACAUCCGGGAACAAGCAGAUGACUUCGUCAAUGGGCUGCCGCAGUCAAAUUACAAAAAGGUAGUUAAAUGCUUCCGGAAGAAAGUUGUUGAUCGUGAGCGCCUAGCGAAGAUGAUUUCGGAACGCGAAAUCAGCUUACAGUUGGGUGCAUUUGAUGAUAUGAAAUCGGCUACCUGGUCGCCUAGCACGUAUUCUGGUAUCAAAAUAAAUAGCAGUUCUAAAUUUAAUAUCAGUGCGAAAUCUGCCAAAUCUUCAAAUAUUCCACAAAGGUAUGUCGGAAUUUUAAUUCGUGAAGUAACGAGAACAGUGGAAAAUAUUGAUGACUUGGAUACAUUUCUGGAUGGAGCUUUACGUGACUUAAUGAGCUUAGCAAGUAGCAGUGUAGAAACUCUCGGUGCCACAUCAUUUUCUGUUUUUAAAGUACCUUCAGUGAGUCUUUCAAUCUCCCGUGAUCAGGCAUCAGUAUUACUGUUUAUUACUGCCGACUUUGAUUAUCCAAUCAAUUUGUAG